GCCUACUCUGCAAAAGCGGGAGAGGAUUAAAACCGCCGGAGGAGAAGGACGCAAUUUUACUCCGUCUCGUACUGAAGGAAGAACAAACCCUGGGCUUUCUGUCGAAUUCAACGCGAGAGCAAAUCACGAAACGCAGGUUGAGCUAGGUAGUAAGCAGAGUUGAGACAGGUAGAUCAUUCAUCGGAGGCACAGGUGUAGGGAGAUGAAGUAUUCCUUUUCGAUGCAGGUAAACUCAUAGUAUGCUCUGCAAACACCGAAGUCAUUUGUUUGCAAUGGAUGCCAAUGGAGGUGUCAACUCGACUCAAUUGUUCUCCAUUGAUAUGGUUGAUAGCAGCCUGUCUCUGUCUGUGCAUGUAUUACCCAUGGAAGGGGGACCGACUGAGGCAGUGGUGGAAGAGGCGGGGGAUGCUUUCAAGGCCAAGGAAUGUAAGACGUACCAAAGGCGGCGAGAGGAUGAAGAAGUUGGAGCUGAACUACUGCAGGCUGCUGUGUUAGAGCAAGACCAUGCUGAAGGAGAGUCUGUAGUGGAGGCCCAGCAGCAAAUAGUAGAGGGAGUAGUUAAUGUCAGCAACAGUGUUGAGAUGAUGGUGAUGGAUACCCUGGAUCCUGCCCUGCUCCAGAUGAAGACAGAAGUCAUGGAGGCUGCUGUUGGAGCACCUGUUGUGGCUGGUGCGGCCCAUGAAGCCACGGUCACCACUGUUGAUGACACUCAGAUCAUCACCCUGCAGGUGGUGAACAUGGAGGAGCAGCAGUUGGGCUUGGGAGAGCUCCAGCUGGUGCAGGUGCCCGUCACUGCAGCCACUGUAGAAGAGCUGCAGGGGACACUGGUGGAUGCCACCUCAAUGCCUAAAGAUGGAGAGCCAGUCAUCUGUCACACCCUGCCAUUACCUGAGGGUUUUCAGGUUGUCAAGGUGGGUGCAAAUGGAGAGGUGGAGACAGUGGAGCAAGAUGAGCUCCAGGCCCAAGAGGAGCAGCCUCAACCACAGGAGGAGGAGAUGGCUGAAGUCCAAAAUGAUGACCCCACCUGGGCUAAAGAUCCAGACUACACACCCCCUGUUAAAAAGACCAAGAAAACAAAGAAAAGCAAGCUGCGCUACAACACGGAGGGAGACAAAGACAUGGAUGUUUCAGUGUAUGAUUUUGAGGAGGAGCAACAGGAGGGACUGCUCUCUGAGGUCAAUGCUGAGAAAGUUGUGGGCAACAUGAAGCCACCCAAACCAACCAAAAUCAAGAAGAAAGGUGUUAAGAAGACAUUCCAGUGCGAGCUGUGCAGUUACACCUGUCCACGACGUUCCAACCUCGACCGCCAUAUGAAGAGCCACACAGAUGAGAGGCCUCACAAGUGCCAUCUGUGUGGACGAGCCUUCAGGACUGUCACCUUGCUGAGGAACCACCUCAACACCCACACAGGCACCAGACCCCACAAGUGCACUGACUGUGACAUGGCCUUUGUCACCAGUGGAGAGCUGGUGCGACACAGACGCUACAAGCACACCCAUGAGAAACCGUUCAAGUGCUCCAUGUGUGACUAUGCCAGUGUGGAGGUUAGUAAGCUGAAGCGUCACAUUCGUUCCCACACUGGAGAGCGUCCGUUCCAGUGCAGUCUCUGCAGCUAUGCCAGCAGAGACACCUAUAAGCUGAAGAGACAUAUGAGGACCCACUCAGGAGAGAAGCCCUAUGAGUGCUACAUCUGUCAUGCACGGUUCACUCAGAGUGGCACCAUGAAAAUGCACAUUUUGCAGAAGCACACAGAGAACGUGGCGAAGUUUCACUGCCCCCACUGUGACACUGUUAUCGCCCGCAAGAGUGAUCUCGGCGUGCAUCUCCGUAAGCAGCAUUCCUACAUUGAGCAGGGCAGGAAGUGCCGUUACUGCGAUGCGGUGUUCCAUGAGCGCUAUGCUCUCAUCCAGCAUCAGAAGUCCCACAAAAACGAGAAACGUUUCAAGUGUGACCAGUGUGACUAUGCUUGCCGUCAGGAGCGUCACAUGGUCAUGCACAAGCGCACUCAUACUGGAGAGAAGCCAUAUGCAUGCAGCCAAUGUGAGAAAACCUUUAGGCAGAAACAGCUCCUGGACAUGCACUUCCGGCGUUACCACGACCCCAACUUUGUACCCACCUCCUUUGUAUGCACCAAAUGUGGCAAGACCUUCACUCGCAGGAAUACCAUGGCCAGGCAUGCUGAGAACUGCACUGGUGAAGAUUCUGGUGAUGGAGAAAAUGGAACUCCGCCCAAGAGAGGCCGUGGGGGCAGAAAGAGGAAGAUGCGCUCUAGAAAGGAUGAUGAUGAAGAUGACAGUGAUGAGCAUGGAGAGCCUGAUUUGGAUGACAUUGAUGAAGAGGAUGAGGAGGAGGAGCAUCUUGAAGAACAACAUAUCAUGGUAGAACAGGCUCCACCCAGCAUUCCCAUCCCCGCUCCAGUUGAGCCUCCUGUAAAGAGGAAACGGGGCAGACCCCCCAAGAACACACCCAAGGCCUCUCCUACCAAGUCUGCUGCCAAAACCCCUGCAGAAACUGCUGCCAUUAUUCAGGUGGAGGAUGAAAGCACAGGGGCCAUUGAGAACAUCAUAGUGAAGAAGGAGCCAGAGGGCGCUGAAGCAGCUGCAGCUCCACCAGUGGUGGAGGAGAUGGAGACAAUUGAGGCUGAAAUAGAAACAGUGCAGAUAGCCGUCCCUGACACUGCACCUAAUGGCGAUCUUACUCCUGAAAUGAUCCUUAGCAUGAUGGACCGGUGAUCUGUGGAUACAUGUAGACACAUCUUGCAUAAAUGCAUCCCUAGCCGUGUCCCUUGUUUUUCUAUAUAUAUAUAUAUAUAUAUAUAUAUAUAUAUAUAUAUGCUCAAGUUUCUCUUUCCACACUUCCUUUAAUACCACACCUCUUAAUUUCUUGUGUCCUCAUGUGUUUAUUCCUCAAAGUCUUGAAUCAGAUUUAUCUUGAGGAAGUAAGACUUCAUAUUCCAAUAACCAUUUUCCAUAAAACCAAGUUUUUAACUUCUCAGAAUUGUUCAAUUUGGUCGCUUCAUAACGUUUAGACUCAUGAGGAUCACAAAACCAUGCAUGUUUUUUAGCAGUAGUUCACCUGCGGAGUUCUUUUUGCUGUUUGUACUGUGUACGCAGAGAGAACUGCACGGCAUCUGAUUUAACUUGGUGUACAUGCAUCUAGACAUCUUUUCCCAGAUAACCUGCUGUUUAUUUGACCUUUUAAGUCUGACAUUACCAUGGCAAUAUUGGGAAAUGAUAUCAUUUUGUGCCUGGUCAAGUUUUGAUCUCUAAAAUCGCUGUCACUGCUGUAGAAAUGAGCGUUUUCUUUUUUUUAUUUUACCCCAUCUGUCCGAGAAAGUCCUCUCAAUGUUUGACAUUUAUGAUGAUUUAUCAUUUGCUGUUUGUUCCCCUUGUGCUCUUUCACUGGUCACAGUUGAUAAUGUUAGAGUAGAAAUGUAGCCAUCUGAUUAUCACACCAGGGACGAUGACAUCCAUCCAUCACGUGUUUAAAAAAAAAAAAAAACUUGCGGUUGAUAAAAAUUGUACAAAAAAGGUAAUCUUGGCUAGUCUUGCUUUGUAAAUAAUUUUUAUUUUCUGUUUUAUUAUGAAUAUUUUAAUCUUUUUCUAGUGAAUUGAUGACCUGAAUGCAAUGGCUUUUAACAGUAGUUGUUUGGAAACAUGCCACUGAAGGCUUUCAAUUUACUUGUUGGGGCAAAAUAAAAGCCAGAAAAAUCAUG